GACCGACAGCAAGUGGGGUGCGGGUGAGCUGUCGUCUGCCAUAACAUAACCUCGACAGAUUUUUCAGCGCGAGUUAGUAAACAAGUGAAGCAAUUUCAUCAAGCGGUUUCUUCAAGAUAAAUCCGCGCGAUGUCGGAGAACGCGAGCGGAGAAGCGGCGCCGGCCGAGAAAGAGCCGCCGCCCGCCGCCGAGGAACCGGAUGCCGUCUCGGAGGAGGACCGGCAGUUCUUGACUGAGUACGUGCGGGAAACGGAGCAGAGAUUGGCGACGAAGGAGGAGAUCCGCGCGGCCAAUCUGAAUCCCACGAGGCCUCCGGACGCGUCGUUCAGCAAACUCGACUCGAGCCUCAAGAGGAACACGACGUUCGUCAAGAAGCUGAAGAACUUCAGCUUGACCCAGCUCGACACGGUUUUGAAGGACAUGGCGAAUUUAAACCUGACCAAAUACGUGAGCGAGGUUGCCACCGCUCUGGUGGACGCCAAAAUAAAGAUGACCGACGUCGCGCCCGCUAUCAGGGUGUGCAGCUUUCUCCAUCAGACGUACGCCGAGUUUUCCACUCAUUUCUUCGAGAAUUGGCAGAGGAUACUGUCGUUCAAGAUCGGCGACAAGAUCGCGAAUCCCAGCAAGCUGAGGGUAGAUCUGCGAUUCUACGCUGAGCUGGUGAACGCUGGAAUAUUCACGCAUAAGCAGGGCUUACCAUUGCUCGGCUCGGUACUGACCGUAUUGAUCAACAUGGACAAAGAGGAGCAUAAUAACGCCAGUAUAAUAUUGAGCUUCUGCCGACAUUGCGGCGAAGAUUACGCCGGUCUUGUACCUAAGAGGGUGCGAGAGCUGUCCGAGAAAUUAAACGUGUCCAUCCCGAAGAGUAAACUGCUGUCACCGGACAAACAGCAGAACGUCAGAUUGCUGCUGCGUGACUACUACAACUCCCUGUGCAAGCACAUGCUGAAGGAGCACAAGGAGCUGCAGGCAUUCGAGAAACAGAAUCGCAAGAUAUUGCAGACCAGAGGAGAGCUGAGUUCGGAACGGAAGGAAAAGCUGGAAGCUCUACAGGUCUCUUAUGAGCGUCUACUAACCAGCGUGCAGAGCUUCUCCGACACGCUGGACGAACCGAUGCCCGAGCUUCCAGUGGACAACGAAACAAAGGCGGAAGCGGAGGAGACGCUCAAGAUGAUCAAUGAGGGAGAAGAGAACACUAUGUUGGAGGAUAUGUGGGGCGACGAAGAGACCAGACGUUUCUACGAAGUCUUACCGGAUCUUACUGUCUUCCUACCAGGCUCGUAUUUGAAGGAUACCCCGAAAGAAGCCGCGAAGACGGACACGGCGAUAACGGAAGACGCUCUCGACGAGGAGAUUGUCUUCGACGAGUUGGAAGAAACUGAGAAGAUUGAGGAGCCACCUGAGGUAGAAGUGGAAGAGCCGCAGGUGUCCAACACGAGCAACAAGAUACUGCUGGAUGCUUUUCUAACGCAUCUGCCGAACUGUGUGAAUCGCGAAAUGAUCGACAAUGCCGCCGUGAACUUCCUGAUGAAUCUCAACACGAAGCACAACAAGAAGAAACUGGUGAAGGCUCUUUUCGGCGUUUCCAGAAUCCGGCAGGAUCUGCUACCCUUCUACUCCCGCUUAGCAGCCAUUCUUUAUCCAGUAAUGCCCGAGAUUGGUAACGACUUGUGUCAGAUGUUGAAGCAGGACUUUAAAUAUCAUGUGCGCAAGAAGGAUCAGAUCAACAUCGAGUCGAAGAUUAAAGUGGUCCGCUAUAUUGGUGAGCUUGUCAAGUUUAAGCUUUACUCCAAAAUAGAGGCAUUGUACUGCCUGAAGGUUUUACUACAUGACUUUACGCAUCACCACAUUGAAAUGGCUUGCAACUUGUUGGAGAUUUGCGGCAGAUACCUCUUUUGCUCGCCGGAUUCUCAUCAGAGAACCAAAGUCUAUCUGGAGCAGAUGAUGCGCAAAAAAGCGGUUACUGCGCUCGAUUCGCGCUACGUCACGAUCAUCGAGAACGCGUAUUAUUUCGUGAAUCCACCCGAAUCUACCGGCGGCGUCACAAAGAAGGACAGACCACCCGUACAUGAAUUUAUUAGAAAAUUACUGUACCAGGACCUCUCUAAGACGAAUACUGACAAGGUGCUCAAGUGGAUGCGUAAACUUGACUGGGAGGACGAGAGCAUGUCGUCCUACGCCAUAAAAUGUCUCACUGCCGCGUACAACGUUAAGUAUCCCAAUAUUCGAUGCGUGGGAAGCCUGUUGGCCGGCUUGGUAGCCCAUUACGAGACCAUUGGACCGCAGGUGGUCGACGGUGUGCUCGAAGACAUACGUCUGUGCAUGGAAAUCAAUCUGCCCAAAUUCAAUCAACGACGCAUUGCCAUGGUCAAGUACUUGGGCGAGCUGUACAACUACCGAAUGGUGGAGAGUGGCGAUAUUUUCCGUACUUUGUACUUGCUUAUUACCUUCGGCAUCAGCGUGGAUCACUCAAUGCCAAGCGUACUGGACCCGCCUGAUCAUCUUUUUCGUAUUCGUCUAGUGUGCACAUUGUUGGAGACUUGCGGCCAGUACUUUAGCGGCGGAUCCAGCAAGAAGAAGCUCGACUACUUUCUCGUAUUCUUCCAACACUACUUCUGGUUCAAGUACACGGACCCGGUCUGGACGUCGGAGAGUCCGUUCCCCGUUGGGAUAGAUUACAUGUAUCGUGACACACUAAUGAUGCUACGACCUAAAAUGCAAUUGUUCCAGAGUUACAAAGAAGCGCAAUGCGCCGUGGAAGAGUUGCGCAACACCCUCUAUCCGACCUUGGGCAAUCCUCCAGUUGACGACACCACCGCGGAAGGCGAGAGCGACAUGGGCGUUAUUUUGGAAGGCGAUGAAGAAGCAGCGAUGACCGGAAACGGUAGCGGGGACGCCAAAGGUAUGGCUGAACUGCAUUUCGAGGAGUCCGAAGAUUGCUCGGAGGCGCAGUCGGAAGAGGAAUGGACAGCCGAUGCAGAACGCGAUGACGCUAUGGGGACUCAAGAGAACACUCAGGGUGAUCGAUCUCAGAGUCUGUCGGCCGAAGGUGGCACCGAGGGCGUGAUUGUAGACGUGACAGAGGAACUGAACGCAGCUUUGCCGUCCGGACCACGACGCGUGAGCUGCCCAGAGGACGAUGAUUUCCUAUCGGCUCUCGACAAAAUGGUCUCAGACAAUAUACAGGACCGUAUGCGAGAUUCGGUGAAACCGCAACAGGUGGACAUCUCCGUGCCGCUGCACGUGAAGAGCACGAAGAAGACGUACGAGCAACUGCAGGAGAGGCCGUCUGACAAUAGCACAGUGGACUUUGUGCUGAUGCUGAGGAAGGGUAACAAACAGCAGUACAAAAAUCUCGCGGUCCCGGUGUCGUCUGAGUUGGCUAUGAAUCUCAGAAAUCGCGAACAGGAACAGAAAGAGGAGAAGGAGCGUGUGAAGAGAUUAACUUUGAACAUCACUGAGAGGCAGGAGGAGGAGGAUUAUCAGGAAACUAUGAAUCAGAGCACGAGACCAGUCACUGUAAACCUGAACAGGGAACGGCGGCAAAAGUAUAAUCAUCCUAAAGGAGCGCCCGAUGCCGAUCUCAUCUUUGGACCGAAGAAAAUUCGAUAAGCUCUUUGAUUGAUAAUUUUUAAAGUCGAACGGUUGUACCCCAUUGGAAAGUUGAUGAUGUAUCUGUGAAAUAGAACUUCACACUUCAGACUCGUCAACUAUAUAGUUAACUAACUUUGGUUAGUUUCAUCGCUUUAUACUACGAUAUCUUAUAAUUUCUUGGAAAACGAACGCCACGAUGUGUCGGAAUUUGGACGAAUGUAUUAUAUGUACAAAUGAGUAGUUACGCAAGUUAGUGCAUUUAAACGAGACAGUUCUGAUGCAGUAAACCCUCGUUAAAGAAGUUAGGACAACUAACUAACUUCGAGACAUACGUAAAAUUGAUUCCCCUGGCCGAAAUAAAUUUAAAAAAAUCGAUCAAUAUGGACUAAUACAACGCACUGCCGAUUUUCGAUUACGCAUAGGGUUUACUGUAUCAUGUAAAUGCACUUUUAAUGCAUUCAUGUGUAUCAUUUAUCAUAUACAUGACUUUUGUGUGUCACGUGUUGUUACUCUAGACAUUUUUACACUGACUUAUAUCGUCAAUCGUUAUUUUAUGACUUUCAACGAAAGCUAUGUUGUGAUAGAAUAUAUGAUCAAUUUAUAUACUUAUCCAUAUUCUUAACAUGAUUCCAUACCUUAUCUGAAAAUGUUCUUUUUUUCCUCUGAUUGCGAACGAUAUAUACACAUAUAUAAAUGAAAUUUGCAAGAUUGUAUCAAACUUUCUAUUGAAAGAACAGAACUUAAUAAUAAAACUCAACGUACAAUUA